AUGGUCAGAUAUGCAUCGACGUGGAUGAACGACGUGGAAGACGUGUCCCGCGAGACUACAAAUGCCCCAUUGUCCGGGCGAGUACAUAUUCUCGGUCUUGGAAAUGUAGGCUGCUUUAUUGCGCAUGCUCUGGCCUCCAGAAAAUCCCGGCCGCCAGUAACAUUGCUUUUGCACAAUUGGUCUGUCUAUCAGGGUUUCCGCCGCAAGAAGAAGAGCAUAUCUCUCCAGUAUAACGGAUUGGAUGACAUCAAGACUGGGUUCGAUGUUGAAGUGUUAUCUGAUGGCGUAUGGCAGGAAGUAUUGAAGGACGAGAGCAAGGAAAAGCUCGAGUCCGACAUUCCCCUCGAUCAAGUCGAGGAUAUAUCGACCGAUGUGAACCAUGAGCACAUUGAGUGUUUGAUCGUUACUUCAAAGGCCAGUGUUGCCAAAACGGCUAUCAAGUCUGUCAAGCAUCGUUUGACAAAAGAAUCAACUAUCGUCCUCGUGCAAAAUGGCAUGGGAGUUGUUGAGAUGCUCAAUCAUUCGCUAUUUCCGAAUCCAGAAGAUCGUCCGACCUAUGUACAGGGCGUCGUCAGUCACGGUCUGACUAGGAUCGACAAGUUCCAUGUUGCCCAUCUUGGUGUCGGUACCAUGGUCUUCGCGCCAACUAUCUCGGAGAAAACUCCAGCGCUUCUGGCCGAGGAUGAUACUCAUUGGGCUCCCACCACAAAAUACAUUUUACGCCUUUUGGCCCUUACUCCAUCUUUGGUUGCUACAAUCGACACGCCUGCUGCAUUACUCCAAUAUCAACUCGAGAAGCUGGCAGUGAACUGUCUCAUCAACCCCCUGACCGCGCUGAAUGAUUGUACGAACGGCGAGUUACUCUACAUCUUCAAUAUUACCCGAAUCAUGCGCCUGCUUCUCUUUGAAAUCUCGAGCGUGAUCUACGCUCUUCCUGAGCUUCAAGGGGUCCCGGGAAUCGAGGAGCGUUUCUCUCCUGAGCGGCUGCGCCGGAUCACAUUGGCUAUGGCCAAUAAUACCUCAAAGAACACCAGCUCAAUGCUUCACGAUUUGAGAGCAGGGUCUGAGACCGAAAUUGAGCACAUGAAUGGCUGGGUUGUGCAACGUGGAGAGGAGUUGGGCAUCAAGUGCGCAUUAAACUACAUGAUCAGACUGUUGGUCAAAUCUAAGGCGAUUAUCCAUGAACGCAGAAGCAAUGCUUCUAUCCCACUUGCUCUUGACGGCGUCCCUACGGUCGAUGAAUUUGCCGAUCAAAUUACGACCACCAAGGCAAAAUGA